AUGGAGAACGAUCCGCCUUCCGCUACCUCCUCGAGGCGGGGUCGUCUAAUGGGCAAGCUCUUCGCCAUGAAGGAGAAAGAUCGCAAGCCGACGGCUGAAGAGACGGGAAGCAGCAUCAACGACUUCCUCAAUGGCCCCUCCGACACUCUGCAGGUCGCCCAUGCGACGCCCGCCUCCGCCCUCCCGACCCUAACGAAGCUCGAUACCACAUCCGCUACUCGCUAUCCUCAAGCGCUAUCUGUCGCUAGUCACUCUCAGCAGAGCUUGAACCUCCCAUAUCACCCUGCGCGUAGCCCUGGACAUAACCCCGGCAUCCCACCACGGAGCCCGCGGCGCAACAACAGAAAGGGACUGACCGUUCGCUUUGUGGAUACCUACCCUGAAAUUAUUGGAGAGGGUGGUGAUGAGUCGGAGAUCCCAGCUAUUGAGGUAUCGAGACGCAAGAAGCAGCGCCCUCCUCCGUCUCCCAACCGCAGGCCCGUCGCUGCUGUCCACGACUCUCCUCCCAGAGCGCCUUCUGCGCCCAAAGAGGACCCAGACUUCAUGCCAGGCCGUUUACGACGGACGCAGACAGGGGAGGUCGCACCGGGCAAUGCUGUCCCGGCCCCUUACCUGGACACUCCAACCAGCGCAAAGGAUGAGAAUCGCAAGUCCUUCAUAGAGGUUCAACAGGCUGAGAUGCGCCAGGCUGAGGGCAGAGCAUUCGCUGAGGCCGCACGUUCCGCCAGCCAGCCUUCACACCCCGAGCGCGAGCAGCUUGGGAGCCAAGCACCUCUCAUACCUCAGGUGCAAGAGUCGCCAACAAAAUCUCCAGUUCCGCCUGCCAAGGUCCCCUUGCCACCGAGAUCCCCAGAAGACCAGAGAAGGCCCCCCGAUCAAAGUCCGUCUUCUGUCUAUUCAAGCAGCACCGACUUCAGCCAACCGGGCAAUGUCAGCUUCUCCCGCCAGCCUUCUCUUAGCUCUCAAUACAACAUGGCUCCUCCUUCUGCCACGAUCGCCUCCAGACAGGCCUCUUUCAACAUGCACGACGCGGUUCUGGCCGUUGGCGAUGACGCUCUCAACACGUUUGUUGCGCGCACUCGACACCUCAAUGAACUUUUCAGACUGCACGCUGAGACAAUGAAGCCGCUUUCAGCCUGUUCACAGAAUGAACUGGCGCGCGCUGCCCUGUGGUGGUUCUUAAAAGGCCGUAUGGCUUUGGAGGUUGCGGUGCGAGCACGACCCAGCAGCCCCAAGGGGCAGAUGCAGAAUGACAUGGACCGCCAGCAGGCUUACGCCAACCUUGCCAAGGGAUAUUGGCUUUCAGAAGAGGCCAUCCCUGAGCUUUUGGAGAACAAGCGACUCGCUCCAGACGCAGGCAUUAAUGAGAUCCGGUCAACACUCGUGAUGGCACUUAAGAAGUUGGCUGUCUCGAUGAAGCGAAACGGCUCCCUUCCGCCCGAGGAGGCGUUCCUGCCUCAGACCAUUGACAAAUCUAUCUGGGUUGAGUAUCCGAGACUCAGCAUCGACAUGAUCGCGCUUCUUACAGCUGAUUCGUCUGCGGCCAUGACGGGCGUGGUCCGCACUCCUUCACCUUUGGAGAUCUUGGAGACGCUGCCUCCGAGCGACACAGCUGAAAACUUCACGUUCGGCAGAAUCAACACUGACGUAUUUCUGAUGGAGCAAGGCAUGGACUCUCAGAGAUUCUACUUCCCCUGUCUGUUGACUAUGGUUCGACCCCAGAAACAGCCUAACCUUGUUUUUGUGAUUGCCAGCCAGCAUGGAGAAGUCAAUCUUCGGAUUCAGGGAAACAAGGCCAUGGGCCCAACCUGGGACGAUGUCCGUUGGCGCAACGAGACUUGUUCGCUUGAGGUCAAGCUGCCUCGCGGCUUCAUGAUUGUUGCGCAGUGCUCGCAGCAGGAUUACAGAAUGCUCUGGAGUAUGUACGACUUUGGUGCUAAGGUCCAGUCAACACUUUACCCCAGAGCAGAGGAGCAUUGCGUUUUCCGUUCUACGCUGCAUUCAUUUCAGUACUUCGAUUCAGACCCCCAAGCCAGGGCGUUUCCCAAGGAGCCCGUGCAAGGUUGCGACGUGGCGCUCUUCGAGAAGAUUCAUAAGGAGCAUGCUGCUGCCGGUCCUCGCGCAUACCACCGUGGAUUCAGAAUCGCCGUUGUGAGCGGCCCUCACACGAGAACCCUCAGCGGCAUCAACCACAGUUACUCGCCACAGAUGCCAAUUCCUUUUGGAUUCCUUAGAUCGGACGGAGGCGAGCCGGCCUUGUUGCUCAAGUACGACAACGGUCGGCAGAAGGUGACCAUGGCACUCUCGUUCGGCGAUGAAAGGGAGCGAUCCCAGUUCCACAGCAUGCUCGCGGGCACUUCUGUGCAAAAGCAUGAGACCAUCUACGCUGAUGUCCCUCUGCUUGGUUUUUCCAUUUCGACAGGUCUGCAAGGGGGCAAGUAUCUGCCAGGUGUUAGCCAGGUCCCCUGGACGUCCCUUCGGGUCAUCAAUGAAGACGCGGAUGAGGACUAUCCCCGCACGGUUUUGUCAGACAGGCUGCGGGUGGUUGUCGAAUCCAAGCAAGGCUCCCUUACUGAUCGAGUGAACCUUCAGCCUGGCGAAUUGAGAGUCAGGCUGGAGGUUCAAGACACAAAGUCUCUGGUAGUGAUGCGUCAGCCGCAGUUCGACAUGACUUCCAUGUUAGCGGAUGGAUCUAUUGACAAGGACGUCCCCAAGGCGAUGGCCGACAUGCUCCAGAUGCUGCAAACGACUCAAACCAUUCGCACCUACAGCUUCCCGACCCAGAGAGAUCUCCAUGCCUUUCAGGCCGCCUUCACGGGUUUUACCGUCAUCUUCGAUGGCCUUGCGGCGACCUUUGCCAUAUCUCGUCGGCGAAUGGUGGUCCCGAUUCACAAGAAAUGGGAGGCUGGAUUGACUCGAGUUCAGGUGGUGCAGCAGGGCUCCAUCAUACAGCUGCUUGCAUUCUUCCCCGAUUUCCACCAUGGGCAAUGUAUGAACUUUCAAUUGAAGGGCACAGAUGUUUAUGAGAUGUUUUCGCGGAGCAGCAAGGCAGGUGUCAAGUUUGUUGACGCCAAAUUCCCGCUGCCGCGGAUGCCUAACGGCAGCGACGGACUGUCAGACGACAUGGGAUUCAUCUGCUUGGACCUUCCGGAUCUGCCGGGAGAGCACGAUGACAUCUCGCUCCUCUUCGAGAACGAGGCGGAACGCGACCGUCUGUGCCAGUGUCUCCCAGCACCCGUCAAGGGGGCCUCCAGAUCGCUGAGAGGCAAAUAA